GAAUUCGGCCAUCUCGCGGGCUCGCAUCUGUGCAGUAAAAGUAACAGUUUGACAGAAUGCUGAGGAAACUGCUGCCUCGAUCCUUCGCAUUUCAUCGUCGGCUCUCCCAUGCCCACUUGGCUUCGCAACUGGCUGCACCCUCCGUGGCUUCUGGGCUUUCGUCUCCCUUUUCUACUCAUUCGUCUUCCCAAAAUCCUAACGCGCCUUUCGUCGAACAGUUGGACGAUGCAGAUGAGCCUCCAUCUCCGCCCACUGCCACUGCAAUUUCUAUCGAUCGCUCUGGCUUGUACAAUCCACCUGAGCAUUCUCAUGAGCCAACUGUGGAUUCCGAGCUUGUCAAGCAUCUCAAAGGGAUCAUCAAGUUUCGUGGAGGCCCAAUCUCAGUAGCUGAGUAUAUGGAAGAAGUUUUAACUAAUCCUAGAGCUGGUUUCUACAUCAAUCGGGAUGUUUUUGGAGCUGAAGGCGAUUUUAUAACAUCUCCUGAAGUAAGCCAGAUGUUUGGUGAGAUUAUUGGUGUGUGGGUCAUAUGUCUAUGGGAGCAAAUGGGACAGCCGCAAAGAGUAAAUCUAAUUGAGCUAGGCCCAGGACGAGGAACUCUUAUGGCUGAUCUUCUUCGUGGUGCUUCCAAAUUCAAGAAGUUCACUGAGUCAUUGCAUGUACACCUGGUGGAGUGUAGUCCAACACUGCAGAAGCUUCAACACCAAAACUUGAAAUGCAUUGAUCAAGAUAAUGCAGCUGAACCUACUGAGAGAAGAACUGUAAGCUCUUUGGCUGGUAACCCUGUAUCAUGGCAUGCUACAAUGGAGCAGGUUCCUUCAGGAUUGCCAACAAUCAUCAUAGCACAUGAAUUCUUUGAUGCCCUACCCAUUCAUCAAUUUCAGAAAUCAUCUCGUGGCUGGUGUGAGAAAAUGGUUGACGUGGCAGAAGAUUCAUCGUUUCGCUUUGUACUAUCUUCCCAGCCUACACCUGCAACUCUCUACCUAGUAAAGCGGUUUAAGUGGGCUGCAAAUGAGGAGACUGCAAAACUUAAUCAAAUUGAAGUUUGCCCCAAAGCUAUGGAGUUGACUCAAGCAAUUGCAAAAAGGAUAAGUUCUGAUGGAGGUGGGGCUCUAAUUAUUGACUAUGGCUUGAAUGGAAUUGUCUCGGACAGUCUCCAGGCAAUCAGAAAACACAAGUUUGUCAACAUUCUUGACAAUCCAGGAUCAGCUGAUCUUAGUGCGUACGUUGAUUUCGCUUCCAUCAGACAUUCUGCUGAGGAAGCUUCAGGGGAUGUGUCUGUCCAUGGGCCAAUUACUCAAUCUCAAUUGCUUGGUUCCCUUGGAAUAAAUUUCCGUGUUGAAGCGCUACUUCAGAACUGCACAGAAGAACAAGCUGAAUCCUUAAAAUCAGGAUAUUGGCGUCUUGUGGGUGAUGGUGAAGCCCCCUUCUGGGAAGGACCUGAUGAUUCUGCUCCAAUUGGCAUGGGUACUCGUUAUUUGGCCAUGGCUAUAGUGAACAAGAAGCAGGGUGUUCCCGUUCCAUUUCAAUAAAAUGCAAGAUAAAGAUGUGGAACUGCGAGACCAACUCAUCUGCUCUUCUCUUAAAUUAUGCUAUUAUAAUUUAUCAAGCCAAGAGUUUGUUUUCAUUCUGGUCUCAGGUCCAAAAAUAGAAGUAGUCAUUCUGGUCGCAGCCGGUGUCUGUCCCGCGGCAGAAUUGGUUUGGGUCAUGGUGUUCGUUAUGUGAAAUCUGGACAAUCCAUGUCACAAAUUUUAUUUUAUUUUUAUUUAAUAUUCAUUAAAAUAAAUUAGAAAAUUUUAAUAAA